AGAGUUCCUUUCACCCCACCAUGCAAAAUGCACUUCCUUACAAGCUGUAUGCUUUUAUUUUGAAGGCAGCAUCAUUGGUUUGCCGGUAUUGUCGCCGUGCAUUGACGCCGCUGCCAGCUGAGAUAGAGAGAGCCAGGCGGGCGCAGUAGAGACAUCAGACACAGAAAGAUACGUAUCGGAAGAUUAAAAAAAAGUAUUUUUUUUAUUUCCUCGGUCCCUUGUCGACCCUCACAGCCUUCAGCAGGCUCAUGGAGAGCGGAGCACUGCUUGUCCGUACGGGGGGCAGGUUGAUCGAAUGCCUUUCACCACAGCAGCGCCGUUAGAUGUUUUCCAUUCAGGAUUAAUUGCUUGCCUAAUGGCUUCCAAACAUGCACCUCUCUUCAGCAGCGGCUGCAGUGGCCCAGGGGUCAGAGGGGUAAAUGAUAAACAAGACCCCUGCUCGUCCUCUCCGACUGCAUGGAUCCUGGAUGCAGGGAUGGUGGCCGCCUGCUCGCCUAGGAACGGAACGUGGACGCGGUCGCUGAAUGGCAUGCUGGCCCGGUGUUUGGUGACCAUCUGCGCGGUGCUGAUGCUGAUGAUACAGAGCUCAUUGGCCAUCGACGCUGAGGGAGGUCACCAUGAGCCAAUGAAGUGGGCUGUGUUACCUCUUGACCAUGCAACGCCCUCCAACCUCUCAGCCACCUUCAGAACUGGAGACAGAGUCGGGGCUAACAACAAAGAUGAGACUGAUGCUGGUCCAGGAGCUUGGCCUGAGGGCAAAGUGUUUGCUGAGGCCAGAAAAGUGGUUUGGACUGAAACAGAAGCAGGAGUGCAUGCUGGAGCAGGUCGCAAAGUCUUUGCCAAGACUGGAAUUAUGACAGGAACUGGUACCUGGGCGAAAGUUGGGGCUGAAUGGAGGCCGGUGGACAGGGAAAGGGGUGACCUGCCAAACAUGCCCAGGGACCCCGCUGCCUGGCUGGUGCAGCAGAGGCUACAGACACAUGAAGAGGGCCAAAGACAGCAGGCAGCCAUCUCAUCAGUUCUCACCAUGCUGGCAGAGACAACAGAGCUGAAAGCACCAGAGGUGGGGAAACCUUCAGGACUGCUCUCUAAAGCUGCUUGGACCAAAAGCUCCUCCUCAUUGUCAUCCAAAGCCUCUUCCUCCUCCUCCUCCUCCUCCUCCUCCUCCUCUACAACAAAAGCAUCCUCUUUGCCUUCCUCCACCUCUGGAGCCAGUAACAGAGACAGUCGGACAGCGGGAUCAGACAGUGUGUCUCUGGUUGCUGUCAACAACAACUCCUCUGAAAGCAACGGCAGUUCCAGUUUGGAGGAGUUAGUAAGCAGUCUCCCAGCCUGGGAUCUCCCCACUGUCCCCGAAUCGCUCCUAUCCACAGUGGGCGACCAUGACAUCACACUUCCUGCCAACGUCACCAGCCCUUUCUCCACCCACCAAUGGAACACCACCGUGCCCAUGCACACUAGAAACACCUCACGAUACCUGACUACAUCAACCACCACCAUGAACGCAUCUCUGUUGCUCACUGCCACACCGUCCGUACAGUUAUCCACCACAGCAAGCGCACAAACACCACCAGAAUCUGUGACGGCUUCAAACACCACAAGCCAGGACACUGUGACCAAAAAUGACAUUGAGCUGACGGCAGUAGUGGAGACUACGCCCUCAGUGACCACUAUUACUGUGACUGCUGAUGAGCCAACGACGCAAGAAGGAACCACUGGGAGCACUACAAUGUUUCCACCCAGUACCACUGCUGCUAAAAUCACACAGCAAAUGACAAAUCUCAGACUGACCACCGCAGCUACAACUCAGCCUAAAACCACCACUACAACCACACCUGCCCCUACUACCACCACUACUACUGUCCCCCCAGUCACCACCACUACUGCUCUCACUACUACUACUACUACACCUCCAGCUACUACUGCUGCCACCACCACUACAACAACAACAACAACAACAACAACUACAACCACAACAGCAGUGGUACCUGUGACCACUGUGUCCAUCGCGGUCCAAACGUCACCACCUCCUACCAUGACAACAGAACCUCUGGCCAGUACCAUUGCAGAGGAAAGUCCCUUACCAUGCAACGUGACUGAGAAAUACUGGGUCAGAACAGUUUUGUCCAUUGAGCUGUGCAGGAACCAUCUAGACCUGAUCCUGAAACAGAAUCUGUCUAAAGGACUGAGCCAUGCCCUGCAGAGAGCCUUGAAUGAUUCCACUGCCUAUGCACAGGUGGAACGUGACGACUGCAGUCCCCACAAUAUGACGCUGGGUUACUAUGUGGUCUCCGGCAAAACUGUCUAUAUUUCCUCUGUGGUGGUUGAGGCUCUGAAUAUUUAUGGGUUUGACAAGCUGCUGUCAGACAUCAGGCGACACACCCUAUUGGUUAAGGCAGUUCUGGCUCCUGUGACAACCUGGGUUCCCGCUCCAAACAUUCACCUGCAGCUGAAAACAGUGUUGAGGUUCGUCGGCCCGACGGACAACAUCUACUCUUGCAGUUUUGUCCAGAUGCUGGAGCAGAGGCUGGAAAAUGCCUUUGAUGAGGCUCAGGACAAAGUGCUGGAGACCUACAACAGGCUCAUUGUGGAGAUCCAGAGUGUGUCUCAGGAGCCAGGCUCUCCGUCAGUUACUCUUGUGUAUGUGGUGAAGAAUCAGGAUGCCAUUCUUAACGGUACAAUCUCCAGCGGCCUCCUCAACCAGCUGACUGCUGAGCUGGUGGGCUACUUCCUGUUCUACCCACCCCUGGUCAUCGCUGAGCCGCUUGAAUACCAUAAUCUUAACACAUCAACCGCAACCAAGCACUAUUGGGUGAUAACAGUGAUCCAGGAUGUGGACAGCUCCUCCCUGGAGGCCAACUACCAGAGCUUUGCCAGCCUGAUGGAGCAGCGGCUGGCUGAGCUCUUCCUAGUGGCCGGAAGGCAGGGCAUUCGGACGGCACGGUCACGGCGGGCCACGACCGUGGGGGGCUACACCAUACAGAUGGUGAGUAUGCGUCGACUGCCUGGUCCCAAGAACCCAGCAGAGAUGACCUACUAUGCCCAGCUGAAUGGAGCACCCAUCCCUGGAACCACUGCUGCAAAGACCCUCAGCAGUCUGGACUCCCAAACCAUGGCUCUGACACUGGGAUACUUCGUACAAGUGCAGGCUGAACCUGUCAUUAAGACGCCGCCCAGCAACCUGUGGAUCAUGGCCAUUCUAACACCUCUCUUUCUGUUGAUGGUGGUGAUCGGUAUGGUCGCCUUCAUUCUGUGUAAGAGGAACAGGGCCAUCUUCAAAACCGGGGCCUUCAGGACCUUUAAAACACGCUCCAAGACCUCUUAUCGAAGGGAGGGCAGUUACCACCACCAGCCUGUCCAGGGCUUUGACUACGCCAAGAAACACAUGGGUCGAACAGGUGAUGAGGCCACCUCUGUUACUAAGGAGACGCUGGUGUUGGGCCUGCCUGUGCGAGAUGCUCCACUGCCACUGUCGUUGGAUAAGAAGGUCCACCAGGAUGGGACUGCCAAUAAGAGGCCUCCAUCUGCUGACAUACACAAAGGAGGGCGGUUGCCAAGCGAAGAGGAUGGCUCAGUGUCGAGUAACAGCUCUGGGAAGCUGAACACCAGUAAGAGCUCGUCAGCCCGAAGGACAGCGACUGGCAGCAGCAGCAAGAACGGGAAAGAGGAGCAACACAAGAGGAGCACCAAUGACCCAUAUGAAGACCAUUCAGGCUCUCUACGUCUCAUCACUAUUAAACCCAUGACAGCCCAGCCAACCUACUCCUACCCCUCCUCCUCCUCCCACAGCCAAGACUCUGUGGUUCUCAAUGGGGAGGCAAACCAUGGUGGGUUGAAGCAGAAGUCAGACAUCGAGCACUACAGAAACAAAUUGCGUCAGAAAGCCCGGAGGAAGGGCUACGGAGAGUUCUCACUGUCUGAGAGCGGCAGCCACGUUUACAGCCAUCGUGACACCAGACACAGUCGGCACAACAACGGGGGCAAGGAACCAAUGACCGCUGAGGAGAAGAGGGCCUCCUUUGCAGGAUGUCAUAAGAGAUACUCCCACCCUCGGGAGCCCACCUACUGGAGCAGACAGUCUCUGAGCAGCCCGAGCCCAGUGGAGACAGAGAUGGACCUACUGGUGAUGAGAGAACGAUCCAGGAGAGGCAUCCGCAACAAUGGCUACGAUCCAAAGAUGGAGAAAGGAAGAAAAAUGGGGACAGAUAGAUUGAGUAUCAGUGACUCCCAUCUACCGGUACUUGUAUCCCAGGGAGAACCAGAACCGUUUGAGGAGACCAAUGUGGAUCGUUUGAUAAGCUCUCUGGGUUAUGGGGGUGGAUCUACUGGCACCGGGAACAGCAGCUUGGGGGUGAAAGCUCACCGUGGCUCCGACUCCUCCACACUUAGCUCUCAGCCCUCCAUCGACGAAGUCCGCACACAGAUGCAUAUGUUGCUAGGCAACGCCUUCAGCCUGGCACCUCCAGACCAUGACCCACCUUCACCUCCUACCAAGCACCACCAUCAUCACCACCAUGGCAACAGCGCAUACAACCACACCAGCCACUACAGUGACGGUGUGACCAGUGCCCCAGGGACAAUGAACCACCCCUGUGGAGGCAGGCAGAGGAGCACAGGCUAUGAGGACAUGCACCAGUGUAGCCUGCCCAAACCGGGUUUCCGGUUCACCCAGCUUCCUGAUAUGGGCAUCGGUUCUCCCCCGCCACUGAUCCCCUCAAGACCUGGACCACCACCCGGAACCUCGCUACGACUUUCCACUCCAGAUGUUAAUCUGAAGCCUCGUGUCUCUGAGACCUCAGACCUGCAGGCCCAGCAGCACAAUGGCGCCCCCUACCUGCCACUUUCCAGGACCCCCUUCCCUGCUGUCACUGUCGAUCAGUCCAUCACCACCUACUCAGGAAACCCAAUAACAGCAGUCUACGCUAUAUCAGCUAACCGCCCGGGUUACUCGGACUACUUUGUCAUGUCACCCCCAUCCUCGUACCGUAGCCCAUCAUGGAUGUCCUACCCACCUGAGCCAGAAGACCUGCCGAGGCAAUGGAAUGACACACCGAACCCACGUCACCUUGAAACCAUCUGCUGAAGUCAUCUGCCUACUACAGAGUGGAAACUGCCGAUUGACAGGGUCACUGGCAAGAAAUUAACUCCACAGACAGAACAUGACAAAUGGCAACUGAGACCUUCAUCUUCUUCUUCACACUGUUCAGAAAGUUACCGUGGAUUCGGUUCUGCAGCUGUACUACUGUAUAAUCAAAUUGAACAGACCUCUGGAAACAGCACAUCAACCAAAUGUCCUCUUGUUGUAGUUAUAAUAUGAAUUUCAUUGUGUAAAACGGAACUUCAGAAUUUAAACUACAAGUUUUGAAAAAAACACAUUUUACCACCACAAUUAGCAAAGUCAGUUAGUCAAUAAGCAAAUGUAGUAGCUUAGCUCAUUGCUAAUAGGACAGCAUAUUCACACAGUUUAUGCAAAAUUUAUAUUUGUGCCACUGACUCCUAUCUUAAAAAAAUAACUGUAAUUCAGACCAGUGCUCUGUUGUGGAACAGUGUUCACCCCAACAGAGGAGGUUAAAUAAUGUAGAUGGCACAACACAGAUAAUUACUAUGAUAGAUGUAUGUUUGGACUCUCCAGCUCUCAGUCCUCUUAAAGGUCAUUGCAGUCAAACUGCUCGCUAUUGGGCAACAGCUCAAAAUUUAACUCAAAGUUCACCACAAGCCUUUAAAGUGAAUGGUCUGUCUUAUGUGGUCACCCGGUUUUCCGGCAGGUGUGUCUUUGAAUGGGCAGAGGACCUCCUUCUUGCUUAAAACCCUCUAGAGCUCUUCCACCCCCCGUUCACUUGUGCCCGGCCUUACGCCUGUCUGAUCCAUUCAUCACCAGUGGACCGUCUCUUUCGCCGCUGUAUCUCCAGCUGCCUUGUUCCACUAGUCUGGCCUCCAUCUGUCCUCCCUGAACCCACUUCAUCUGCAGUUCAAAGCCAUCCUCAUCCUCCAGAGCUCCUCUGCCUCAUAAGUCUCUUCACCUUGUCAAAGCUUCUCUGCAGUCUCCUUACCAAUGCAAAUGCUCAGCCAUAAUUCUCUCUCUGUAUAUUCUGCUCCCUGAGCCCUCACUGGCCCUUACUGGCCCCGCUGGGUCCCUAGUUGCUAUCUCUGUGUAGACUGCCUCUUCUGUGGUGACCAGCACUAAACGACUAGAGGCCGCUCACACUGCUGAGCUGAGCUGAGCUGUGCAAAGCUGUACUGUGCUACCCUGCCUAACAACACAUUCAGCGUGGAUGAACAGGGCCAGUAUAGUGUGACAGGUUCUCUGUCCCAGCAGUCAUACAGCACACAAUGGCACGCAGCGCUGUGAUAUCAGCACAUUAGUGCCCCAGCCUUGGCCAUUAGUCUGCUCCUCCUCUGAACUGGACUGGACCAUCCUGGACUUUCCCCUAAGGUCCAUCAUAAAGCCAGGAAGGCUGGACUGACUUAAAACUGUGCUUUUUUUCCUGAUGAAUCCAAAUUCCUAUGUAAACCUUCUACAACUGGUUAAUGUGUAUUUUAAACUUAAGUGAGAAAAAAAAGGAAAAAGACAAAAAAAAAUCCCUUGUCUUGAGCUGUCUCAAUUUCAGUUUUUGGAUAUUUGUGUGCUUUUGUCUUUUACUUUUGUGCAUUGAUUAAUAUCAAUGGAUUACUGUACAAAAAAAAUAUGUAGUGAGUGUUUCUCUUUCACUCACCUUAUUUUAAGGCAAAAAAUCGUUCUUUGAAGCAGAGAAAAAGGCGGCUUAGAUGUCUAUGGUUAUGAUGGCAUUUCUGUAUUUUUAAAAAGAAUUACUUCAUUUACCUUUUUCCUUCAUCAGAUUCAGCAAUGAAAAGAAUUAGUCACAAUGUUUUGUCUGCUGACCAUUAGGCAGGCCUGGAUCAAAAGUAUACAUUGAAACCAUACGUUGUAUGAUUUGUAGCGUUGCCAUCAUUGCAGAGCUUGUUUGACUUUUCAGAAAAAGUAAAUAUGAGCAACGUAGAUAGAAAAAAAAAAUUCAAUGAGUUGGAUUAGAUGUGAUUUCAAUUCUGGUUUGACUCAGGUCUGUUGCCAUUAUGUGAACACACCAGUAUUCUUAGAAAACCAGUUUAUUUGUUUGAAAGGUGUCUACUGUAUUCUACUGUUUAAGGAACUUGACCUUUGAUUAUUUUGGUCUUGAUGAAGAGGAAUCUGUAAUUGGUCACUGGACUAUGUUGUAGUACUGUUCAAGAGACUCGCAGACUCAGAUGAGCCAUUUAUGUAAUGAUUAAACAUAUUAUUGUAUAUAGCAGAUGAUUUAAUGAAGAGAUUUAUGCAAGUAAUGUGGGAAGCAAACUUUGCUUGACAUUAUUCCAAUGCCCUUUUCCUUUGUUUAGUACUGCAUUUAUGAAGGACUGUUUUUGAAACUCUGUGACUUUCUGAAGGAUACACCCAUUUCAUUAUCAUCUGGACUAUUUAGUUUUAUCAUAUUCCUAACACUGAACAUGAACUAUUCAAAAUAACGCAUUGUGUUAUAAAAGCAACAGAGUGUUUAGUGACAUGCAGCAAGAAGGCAUUUGUUGAGUGCAUGUUGAUUAAUAACAUCUAUGUCUACCCCUGCAUUUACAGUAUUCUCUAUAUUUGAACAAAGCUAAUAUAGCCAUAAAAGAAAGAAUGUCAAAGUCAAAAUUAUAUUUACCCUCACUUUUUAUGAGGAGAACUGGAAAUCUGUGAGCGCAUCUGUAUAUUAGGCUCCUCAUCAUUUAGAUGAUGUUGAAGGACAUUACAGCCAUAUAUUAUUUUCCCCAAGAGGGCAUAAAGUAUCUAAAAAAUACAGUGUUAUGUCAAAAGUGGCAAGUGAUACCAAAUAAAACCAUAUACCGUAAGAAAUCAUCAGGCAGGGAGUACAGAGAUAGUUUAUAGAGAGAUGUAAAGAUAAUAAGUGUAGUUUUACAUGAAAUGAGAACUUUUAUAAAAAGCCCGAACUACUGCAGAAUCAAUGCAAAAAUAUUCUUGCAUAGCAUGAAACAUUCAGAUUCUAUAAAUGUACAAAACAUUUUAUAAAUCCUUACGGCAAGAUAUAAAACUGUAAAAGCAUAACCAGAAUAAAAACAUCUCUUUUCAGCUACAUUAUGAUACACCUCUUUUGGACACCUAGACAGGGCUAUAACUACAUUAAAGGACACCAAGGACACAUGCACGGCAUUGUUUAAGAGAAUUUGUGGGCUUUAAUGACCUGAGGUAUGCGCAUUACACAAUACAAAUUACAGAUAGUGAAGAUGUAAUCCACAUGUUUUUUAGAGUUCAAUUCUUAAGAUAAAUUGUUAAAAUGCAAAUAAAUAAAUAAACAAAUAUGGGGCAGCACGGUGGCGCAGUGGUUAGCACCAUUGCUUCACAGCGAGAAGUUUCUGGGUUUGGGCCCCACCUGGGACCUUUCUGUGUGGAGUUUGCAUGUUCUCCCCGUGCUUGCAUGGGUUCUCUUUGGG